AUGGUGGUUCCACGAAUCCCCUAUACACUUCCCUUUCCACCUCCGACGAUAUACCCCUCCCAUGCGGUUACGCUUCCCGCCGCAAUUGCCGCCGUAACAGACUUCUUACACUCGCGAAAUACGGUUCUGCUUACCGGCGCAGGCAUAUCUAUCGAAAGUGGACUUGCAGACUACCGGGGCGAAAAGGGAACAUACAGACUUAACAAUAAAUACAGACCUAUAUUUUUCGGCGAAUUCGCGGGGAGCCAUGAGUCGAGGAAACGGUACUGGGCGAGGAGUUUCCUUGGGUGGCCGACGAUGGAAAAUGCCCGGCCAAAUAGAACUCAUAUGGCCGUAUCAAAUCUUGGAGAGCUCGGGGUUGUGUCGCAUGUUGUAACCCAAAACGUGGAUUCCUUCCACCAUGUAUGCCAUCCUAAGUUACCAACAACAGAGCUUCAUGGUACCCUUAGAACAGUCACAUGUCUCACGUGUCAUUCUGAACAUCCGCGUAUCCCGUUCCAGAAAACCCUUGCCCGUCUAAACCCAAAAUGGGCGGAUUUCCUUCAGACUGCGAUAGAAGUAGGCGCAUUCAAUAAGAAUAACCGCGAAGAAAGUAUAAAGACCAACCCUGACGGAGAUGUUGAUCUCCCUGGCGCGCCUUACACUAAAUUUCGUUACCCUCCAUGUCCGAAAUGUCUCGAGGAAACCCACAACGGCACUGUUUUGAUAGAUAAUGACGGCGCGCACAUUCCAAAGCCAGAUGAUGGUUCAAUGAAGGGUAUUUUAAAGCCGAAUGUUACGUUCUUUGGCGAGUCGAUAUCCGAGAUUGCAAAGAAGGAGGCUUCAAAAGCAGUUGAAGAGGCAGAUAACCUUUUGGUGCUUGGGACCAGUCUAGCUACAUACUCGGCCUGGAGGAUAGCGAAAGCUGCACAUGAGAAGGGAAUGGGAGUGGGUAUUAUCAACCUGGGUGGUGUUAGAGGCGAAGAUCUGUUUUUCUCGAGUGAUGCGAGGGGCGAGAGGAUCAGGAUUGAGUUCGCAUCUGGCGAUGUGUUGGGCGGAGUUGUGAAGGAGUUAUCGGGGAUUGAUCAUAAGGCUCUCGAUACUGCUAAUGAGGAUACGGUGAAGAGAGCUGGAGGUAUUGGACUUGGUGGAUGA